GUCCUCUCUCUGGUCAUCCCCUGUACUAUGUCCGCAGUCUCUGGUCAUCCCCUGUACUAUGUCCGCAGUCUCUGGUCAUCCCCUGUAGUAUGUCUGCAGUCUCUGGUCCAUCUCCUGUACUGUCUGCAGUCUCUGGUCAUCUCCUGUCAAAUUGGUCUGCAGUCUCUGGUCAUCCCUGUACCAGUCUCUGUCACUAUGUCCGCAGUCUCUGGUCAUCCCCUGUAGUAUGUCUGCAGUCUCUGGUCCAUCUCCUGUACUGUCUGCAGUCUCUGGUCAUCUCCUGUACUGUGUCCGCAGUCUCUGGUCAUCUCCUGUACUGUGUCUGCAGUCUCUGGUCAUCUCCUGUACUGUGUCUGCAGUCUCUGGUCAUCUCCUGUACUGUGUCUGCAGUCUCUGGUCAUCUCCUGUACUGUGUCUGCAGUCUCUGGUCAUCUCCUGUACUAUGUCCGCAGUCUCUGGUCAUAUCCUGUACUGUGUCCGCAGUC